AUGUCGCCUUAUAGGCUUGUAUUUGGCAAAAUGUGCCACUUGCCCGUGGGUAUCGAGCAUAAGGCGUACUGGGCAGUAAAGGAGAUGAAUAUGAAGCCUUCGGCUUGUGAGGAAGAAAGAAAACUACAGUUACAAGAACUGGAGGAACUGAGGCUGGAGUCUUAUGAGUCUGCCAUGUGGUAUAAGGAAAGGACAAAAUUAUGGCAUGACAAGAAUCUCCGGCUGAUGCCAGGAAAGUUGAAGUCUAAGUGGAUCGGUCCAUAUACCAUUGUCGGCCUCCGCGCAAAUGGAGCAGUAGAGAUCCAGGGAAGUACCUCUAACUCUGUUCCUUUUCUUGUUAAUGGUCAUAGAGUGAAAGUCUAUAGGGAUAAUUCUGAGUUGUGUGUAGUGGAGGAAGUGCCACUGCGCGCACUUUCUAUUAUCACCUAG